UCAAGAGGGUUCAGAAACAACCAAACAUAUCAGUGUAGCUCUACCUGACUUUCUAAAGUAGCAUCGGAAUCAGUGCAGCACCUGUCUCGCCAUGGCUGACGACAUGUCCUCUCUGCUGAGCCUCGAGGGGGAGCUCACGUGCAGUAUAUGUCUCAGUCUCUUCGAGAGCCCCGUGACCACUCCUUGUGGCCACAACUAUUGUCAAGGUUGCCUGGAUGGGACAUGGCGGGACAGCGAACAGACGGGAUUCGAUUUCAACUGUCCGCAGUGCCGGUCCCACUUCGUCACCAAACCCGAGCUGAGGAAGAACACGGUUCUUGAAGCAGUGCUUGACAAGUUCAAAUUGAAGUCAAAGGCCAAUAUCUUCAGCGAUGUCACCACGACGAUGAAGACGGAGCCAGAGGCGGCGCCGAUUAAAUGCGACGCUUGCAUGGGGGGAAAGGCAUGCAAGACCUGCCUCACCUGUAUGGCGUCCUACUGUGUGGAGCAUGUGAGACCACACCUGGAGAACCCGGUUUUUGCCACACACCAGCUCCGCGAGCCACUGGCAGACCUGCAGGGGCACAUCUGCCCUGACCACUCAAAAAUUAUGGAGUUAUUCUGCAUCCAGCACGGACGCUGUAUUUGCAGCUUCUGUCUGCAGCAAGAGCACAAGGGCUGCACUUUCCGUACGCCAGACGAACAACGGGUUCUGCGGGAGUCUGACUUAAAGAAGAAUCUGCCUCAGCUGGAUGGUAUGAUAGAGAAGACCCAAUUGGUCUUGUCCCAGAUGAAGGAACAGCAAAGUGUGCUGAAAGCCUCCGCGACCAAUCGGAAGCGAGAGCUAGAAAUGAUGUACAGGCAGAUCAGGGAGAUGCUCGACAGAGACGAGCAGCAGGCCGUGAAGAGUGUGGACAAGGAGGAGGAGGGUGCCCAGUCCAGGCUCUUCUCAAUGAUGAAAAGGUUCGACCAGAACGUGGAGGAGAUGAGCGGGGCAAGAGACCGCAUCACCCGCCUUUUGGCCCAGACGCAGUCCCUGGCUUUCCUGCAGGCCAGUGUGGACCUGCCUUCAGCUGUGGACGUUGAGCAGCACAUUCCUCGGCUCAACAUCAACACCAAGCGUGCCCACCUUGAGUCUGCCACUGCCCUGAAAGAGUACCUGGAAAACAUACUAAAGCAGCCUGUAGAUAAUAGAGUCGCACUGCUCAAACCAGAGAUUUGGAGGAGCAUACCUGUCAAUGCUGACAACAUGGCUAGUCCACCACUAUUGCCCAAUCCACUUUUCCCAGGACUAAUUAAUCCUGGACCCCCUCCUGCAACAAAGAUGGAACCAAAGAAGAAGAAGACCCUGUCAACCAGGAAACCUGACCAGGACUCAUCUAAAGAAGACACUGACAACAUGGCUAGUCCACCACUAUUGCCCAAUCCACUUUUCCCAGGACUAAUUAAUCCUGUAAAUCCUGGACCCCCUCCUGCAACAAAGAUGGAACCAAAGAAGAAGAAGACCCUGUCAACCAGGAAACCUGACCAGGACUCAUCUAAAGAAGACACUGACAACAUGGCCAGUCCACCACUAUUGCCCAAUCCACUUUUCCCAGGACUGAUUAAUCCUGUAAAUCCUGGACCCCCUCCUGCAACAAAGAUGGAACCAAAGAAGAAGAAGACCCUGUCAACCAGGAAACCUGACCAGGACUCAUCUAAAGAAGACAGACUAAUUAAUCCUGUAAAUCCUGGACCCCCUCCUGCAACAAAGAUGGAACCAAAGAAGGAGGAGACCCUGUCAACCAGGAAACCUGACCAGGACUCAUCUAAAGAAGACACUGACAACAUGGCCAGUCCACCACUAUUGCCCAAACCACUAUUCCCAGGACGGAUUAAUCCUGUAAAUCCUGGACUCCCUCCUGCAACAAAGAUGGAACCAAAGAAGAAGGAGACCCUGUCAACCAGGAAACCUGACCAGGACUCAUCUAAAGAAGACACUGACAACAUGGCCAGACCACCACUAUUGCCCAAACCACUUUUCCCAGGACUGAUUAAUCCUGUAAAUCCUGGACCCCCUGUUGCAACAAAGAUGGAACCAAAGAAGAAGGAGACCCUGUCAACCAGGAAACCUGACCAGGACUCAUCUAAAGAAGACACUGACAACAUGGCCAGUCCACCACUAUUGCCCAAACCACUUUUCCCAGGACUAAUUAAUCCUGUAAAUCCUGGACCCCCUCCUGCAACAAAGACGGAACCAAAGAAGAAGAGGCAAACCAAGAAACCUGACCAGGACUCAUCUAAAGAAGACACGUCACUACAGGAAACACCUCCAAGUAUCAUGUCUCCAGCGAAAAGAACUGACCUUCUUAAGUAUGGAACCGUGCUCACGCUGGACCACAGGACGGCGCACAAGCGCAUCGUGCUGUCCGAGAACUUCACCAAGGCCUCGGUGUCUGACGAGCCGGCCGCCUACCCCGACAGCCCCGCCCGCUUCUCCGUGUGCUCGCAGGUGCUGUGCACCAAGGGCUUCUCCCAGGGCCGCCACUACUGGGAGGUGAAGAUGACCAGCAACAACUUCUGCGGCGUGGGCCUGGCCUACAACAGCAUCGACCGCAAGGGCCCCACCAGCCGCCUGGGCCGCAACGCGCAGUCCUGGUGCGUGGAGUGGUUCAACGUCAAGCUGUCCGCCUGGCACGACAGCAGCGAGACCGUGCUGGCCAACCCCAGCCCCAGCCGCGUGGGGGUGCUGCUCGACUGCGCCGAGGGCACCGCCACCUUCUACAACGUGGCCGACCGCGCCUACCCCUUCCACACCUUCGUCUACCCCUUCUGCGAGGCGGUCUACCCAGCCUUCUGGAUCUUCUCCAGUGGCACGGCCAUCACGCUCUGCAAGCUGACCAACUGAGCACACUCCCUGUGCCUGGCGCUCAGCUGUCUCCCCCCCCCCCACCUCCUGCCCGCACCCUGCUACCCUAACCUCCCGCCUACCCGCUACCGCCACCUCCCACUAACCCCUGCUACCCCCACCUCCUGCAACCCCCCCG